UUUAAAAAAAGAGUGAAACCAAAGCAUAUGAAUCGAAAGUUGAAACAGAGCAAAGGAAGAAAAAAGAAGGCCGAAACUCAUCAAUGUCGUCGAGUGGGGUCAUAGCGGAACUGCAUAGAAACUCCAGCAAUUGGGGCAAAGUGGUGGAUGAGAUUGUGAAAUUGGAGAGAAAGAUAUUUCCCAAACACGAAUCACUUGCUAGAUCCUUUGAUGAUGAGAUGAGAAAGAAGAACUCUGGAUUGCUUUACGUGGAGGUCGAUGGUGAAGUUGUAGCCUAUGUCAUGUAUUCUUGGCCUUCUUCCUUAUACGCUUCCAUCACCAAGCUCGCAGUGAAGGAGAAUUGUCGGAGGCUAGGACAUGGAGAGGCAUUGUUGAAAGCAGCAAUUCAAAAAUGUAGAACCAGAAAUGUUCACCGUAUAACACUUCAUGUUGAUCCGUUGAGGACUCCUGCUAUGAAUCUCUACAAGAAAUAUGGCUUCCAAGUUGAUAACUUGAUAGAAGGUUACUACUCUUCUGAUAGAAAUGCCUAUAGAAUGUUUUUGGAUUUUGAUGCUGAUUAGUGAAAUAGAGAUCAAAACCUGGUCCAAAGUUUUGCAGCAAUUUUCUUAAUUUAAAAUUUUGUAGCCCUUAAAAAAAAAAUAUUAGUAGCCGUGUUUUGAGAUUGUUGAACAGGAUAAUUCAAUCAAUCUCAAUGCGAUAUUGAAGGUUGUGAUGUGAUGAAAAGUGCCAGAUAAAUGAAGUAAAUACUCUGUUUUCUGUUA